CGUUGCAGAAGUUAUUUUUACUCAGUUAUUUCAUUUAUUUUAGAGAAUACCUACCUCAAAGCUUACUGAUAACAGUGAUAACAAAGUUGUUUCAUCUCAAGUAAUCAUGCGUGUAUGUCGAUUUUAUUUUCCUUAUUUCAUUUUUCUGCUCGCCAAUUCUGUGCAGGUGUUCUAGAUCACAUUGAUCUAUUGGACUAUUUUUCGGUGGAUUUUUUAAUCUCAAUAGUCGAACGGAAACUAAUCGAAUCGCGUUGAUGGAAUGUUUACCAUGAGACUCCGGUCAAUUAGUAAUUUUUGGUGGAUUUUCAUGAAACUCAGCCUGGCUAUUGGAUGGAUCAGCUGUGUUUCGAGCUCGAAUCUGCAAUAUGUCGCAGGUAAAGAAAUGAUCUCACCUCCGUGCAUGCUUCCAGAUCCAAAGGCAGAAGCAGAUAUAGUUUUAAAGACCGGAACACCUCUGGAGAUCUUUUGUACAUUAGAAUUGAAGGACACCCAUUCCUGGAAUCGUACCUCUAAAGACGUAAGGUUUAUAGAAGGUGAUCGUAUGAUUGACAACGAACACGUGACAUUAGUAAAUUCGACAACAGCCAGAUUGUACGUAGAAAAGUUACCUAUUACUGUCAAAAAGAAGAUUUUCUACUGCAUGCUCAGCUGGAGCGGCAGCAGUGGUGGUAAUCUAACAUCUAACGCAACCGACACCAGCUCAGAAACGUCAUUGAUCAAUGAGCAUGAAACUCGAAUGGAACAGCUAAUCUGUUCAAAUUCUGUACUGAUCGGUAGUAAACCAAAAAAAGUAGUAAAUUUUAAAUGUCUUGGCUACAAUUGGGAAGCGUUGGAUUGCUGGUGGCACGAGCCUAGUAGCGGAAUUAAAACAGAUUAUUCGAUACAUUAUUCCAUUCCCAACGAAGCGAGUAAAAGUCAAGAGUAUUAUGGUUGUCCAGCUGAUCAGACUGAACCUGGUCACUGUCGGUGGACUAAGAACACAUCUCCUCCUUAUAGAGAAAAUUUCGAAUUCGUGGAUUUUUACAUUAAUGGCAAUAAUAAAUUUGGAAAAAUUACCCAAAUGUCCAGAUGGCAUCAUUACGAUCACGUUGUUCUUGCGCAACCCAGUAAUUUGACAUCUUUGAAUGCAACACCUCACAGUGUUUAUCUGCAAUGGCACAUUGGUUCUUGGAAUGUGUCCAGUAUAGAUUUACUUUAUCGAGUCAAAUAUAAACAGCCUUCUUCGAAGCAUUGGAAUGUAAUCAACUUUCACUCAAAAGACGUAGAGAAAGAAAAUGGUCACGUACGAGUCAACGUAACCGGCAUAAAGUACCCCAAUAUGGAGUAUGAGUUCUUUGUAUACGUGAAAUUAUCCUUAUCCAAAAUAAAUCCUUGGUCUAAAGCAGCUUCUGUGUUGGUGAAAACUAGCCCAUGCGCACCCUACCGGUCACCUGAAACUGACACGGGUGGAUUUGAAAUUUAUGGUGAACGUUCAAAUUUCAGAAACAUGGUGAUUUAUUGGAAGCAAAUUCCCGCAGAAGAAUACAAUGGUGAUAAUUUCGAGUACCAGAUAACUGUGUUUGAAAACGAUAUCAAACUCGAUAUUAAGCCUACUUCGAUGAAUAAUUUUUCGGCCAAAUUUUCUAACCUCACGUUCAACGCGUAUACAUUUUAUAUCAAAUCAGUAAACGAGAUUGGCUCAGCUCCUCGAUCUUCCAUCGUGCAUGUACCCUCAAAACAUGACAUCUUGCGUAUGCCCAUCAGGCAUAAUUUAAAACGUUUUGGAGACAAUGUUUACGAAAUUACAGUUUUAUCAAAUUUACUAGACGAUGAAUUCGGUUAUCAUCGAGUCAAAGUCACUAAUUUUACAUUAUUCUGGUGCAAGAGUCAUCAUGGUGAUCCAUAUCCCUGCACUAACUUCUUCAACUGGACCCAUCUACCAGUGGAUAUAAUCUUGCAUAACUAUGCUUUCAAGUAUAACUUGACCAACGAGCAGGACAUUGGUUAUCAAUUCGCUGUCAGUACGAAUUCACUCAACUCUAGCAGUGGCAUGAAAUGGAUUCUAUGCACUGGUGUUUACAACCAGGUAAAUAAAAUUCCAAAUGUUUGGAUUGAGAAGGUUGGCUCGGAUUUCGUUGACAUAGGAUGGCAGUUAGAAUGCGCUAAUCGUGUAAAAGGUUUCCGAGGCUACAACAUAUCAUAUUACCCGAUCAAUGAGAAUCACCAGCAAGACAAUGUCAAAUCUGCAGGACGAUAUUUGGAACAUUAUGCGAGUGCGAUCAACAUGAAUUCUGAAAUUUUUGAUUUACUGCCAAAUACCACUUACAAAAUUUCGGUGGCUAUUUUCACAGAUGAAUUAUUGGGGCCUCCGAGCGAAUGGGUGUACGCACGUACGCAGAACCGGCCAUAGGGCACAUGGUGGCUUGGAAGAAAUGGGGUAGGCGAUUAAUUCAACAUUAUUAACUGUGUCCAUAAUCUUUAAUCACAUCUAAACUGAUUGCUUUUUGAUAUUCAACUUUUUCCCCUGAAAAUGAACUAGGUAACUACAUGUAGUAGGUAUACCUAAAUAACGCAUUUCCAACAUUCUCUUCUUUCCUGUCGAUGAAAUAAAACACCACAAAACAAAACACAUUUUAUUAUUGACUGUACAGUACGCACUCCUGUCCUGUGAGAAGACAGUGAGUACUUAGUAGGUACAAAACUUAUCUGCAAUGGACAUACUAUGUAGGUACCAAUCUACCACACAAAUUAUACACAUAGGUACCUAUACCUAACUUACAAUACAUACAUAACAUACUUAUUCAAAUAUAUAAAUUAUUACGUACUAAUAAAAUAUAAUUAGUUAACGCUA